AUGAUCCCUACCAAUGGCGCAAAGGUUCUUCGAUUGUUGACUCGUCGAUGCCUAUCGUCAACAUUUGUACAAGAUUUGGCUAAUCAGAAACUCAGGGGAAUAGCUAUUGGGAGUUAUAGGAGAUUGAAUACGGGCACUGGCAAUCCUGCCAAAGUUCUUGGAGAUUACGCUUCAAAAUCUGGGCAUGAUCGGAAAUGGAUCAACUUUGGAGGCUUUAAUACUAAUUUUGGUUCAACAAGAUCUAUUCAUGGAACAGGUUCUUCAUCCAUGUCCGCUAAGGACUACUAUGAAACUCUUGGAGUAAGCAAGAAUGCUCCAGAAGGUGAAAUCAAGAAGGCUUAUUAUGGCCUUGCUAAGAAACUCCAUCCUGAUAUGAAUAAAGAUGACCCAGAAGCUGAGAAGAAGUUCCAGGAAGUCUCUAAAGCAUAUGAAAUUUUGAAAGAUAAGGAGAAGCGUGACCUUUAUGACCAGGUUGGGCAUGAGGCGUUUGAGCAAAAUGCUAGUGGUGGAUUUCCAAAUGAUGGAGGCCAAGGCUUCGGCGAAGGAUUUAACCCGUUUGAUAUCUUUGGGAAAUUUAAUGACGAUGUCUUCAACGGCAUGUUCCGGCAAGAUAUCGGAGGUCAAGAUGUCAAGGUUUUGCUUGAUCUUUCUUUCAUGGAAGCUGUUCAAGGAUGCUCCAAAACUGUGACGUUUCAAACCGACAUGGCUUGUAAUACCUGUGGUGGACAAGGUGUUCCUCCUGGUACCAAACGUGAAAAAUGCAAAGCCUGUAAUGGCUCUGGGAUGACAACAAUGAGAAGGGGUAUAUUAAGCAUCCAAAGAACUUGCCAGAAGUGUGGUGGAGCUGGUCAAACAUUCUCAAGUAUUUGCAAAUCCUGUAGAGGGGCUAGAGUUGUUCGAGGACAGAAGUCGGUGAAAAUCAAUAUUGAUCCAGGGGUUGACAAUAGCGAUACAUUAAAGGUGGCAAGGGCAGGCGGGGCUGAUCCUGAAGGUGACCAACCUGGAGAUCUUUAUGUUGCUAUCAAGGUUCGUGAAGAUCCUGUGUUCCGCAGAGAUGGAUCAGAUAUUCAUGUGGAUUCGGUUCUCAGUGUUACCCAGGCCAUUCUUGGAGGAACCAUUCAAGUUCCAACACUCACCGGUGAUGUUGUAGUGAAGGUCCGUCCUGGAACCCAACCUGGUCAGAAAGUAGUGCUAAGAAAUAAAGGGAUUAGAGCAAGAAAGUCGACUAAAUUCGGGGAUCAAUAUGUGCAUUUCAACGUCAGCAUCCCUGCAAAUAUAACGCAGAGACAGCGUGAACUGCUUGAGGAAUUCAUUAAAGAAGAACAAGGUGAAUGCGAGCGGCGCACGGCUUCUGGUUCUUCCUAG